AUGUCAUUCUGCUGCCAGUACAAAGUGGUGACGAUGCCCGAACAGGACACCGUACUCCCCACGGAGAACGGGGAUACGUUAGAGCUGAGGCACAACACGUACAGCUUUUCUUCCGCCGAUGCUGCUCUCCGCACUGAGCACCUAGGAUACGGAGAUAUCUCCACGGACCCCGAGAUAUGCCCACCGAUCAAGCAUCUUUCUGGACAAAAGACAAAGGAGUUCACCCGCGAAGGAGUUCACGAGAGGCUCCUUCAGUGCAUGCUGCGUGUUGAGAUGAUCGGGUGCGUAGCGCACUUUCUCCACGACGUCGUGGGCGCCGACGACGCCUUCUGCAGCUGGAAAGAUGAGGGCGAGGAGGAACGCCGGUCACUGUUGCGAGCCACGUCGGCGGAGGAGGGCCAGGACAAGCGCAACGCCGGGACUUCCCCCCGGGGCAAAGGCCAGUCUCUGGUCGUGCACAUAAAGCGAGGCAACGGCUGA